AUGCUGGACGCCCACAUACGCAUUUGCGACUGCACAACUGUGCUGCAACGCGAAGCUGAUUGGCGGGCUGGCCAAUGCGCCUUCCCCCGCCCCUACGCCAGCUUCUCUAGGCGCAACAGGUCGUCCUCCUCGUCGCAGCUCUUGCUAUUGGAUGCUCAUGCUGCCAGCUUCUGCACAAGCACCCUCCUUCCUAUUGGCUGGCGGACGAGUGGGUGUGUGGUCACGGCUGCCCCCAGCCUCACAUCGUCUUGCACCGGGACUAUUUAAAUUCUGCGGUCCCAUGGCGUUGCCAUCAAAAGCCCAACCAAACAGUCUUGGACAGGAUGACAGCAGGCACAUUUUAUCAAAACCUCUUCCUGCUCAUCGCUUUUACAUGCUGUGCGCGGGUGUUGGGCCGGAUCCCGCCAAACGAGCUGGUUCCCCAACCCCACCAAGGAUCCCAAAAUGAGUCCGGUAGACUGCCUCGCAAUCCUCCCCUCUAUCCCUCACACGGGACCUGGGGGAGCUCGUCGGGGGGCCGUGGUGCUAGCGCAGCCGCUGCUGGCGAAAGUUUCGGGCCCUCAGAGUGGUUAUCAGACAGCGCCGGCGGCCGACGUCGCACCAAAACCAAGCGUUUCGUAAGCAGCAACAGUAAGACCUCGUCGGAGAAUAUCCACGCCAGCGGCGACAACGGUGCAAGUCAAAACAAAGUGGAUCGCAAGAUGGACCGGACGAGUAAUGGACGUUGGUGGUAAGUCUCUCCACGGUCAGCCCCUGACCAGUCAGAUUUCGCGUAAACCCUAGAAAUGACUGGUUAAACGCCUUCCUUUUGCGUCUGGUAACACCUUCAAGGCUGAGGAGCUUUAAUGGGUUAUAAGUGAAAUGCACGAUUCUAUAUAGCCUAAGCUGGUGCGUUUCGUAGGAGUAAGUUUGGAGUGGACGGGUGUUUUUAGCGCAGUUCUGCCUGGCGGCCACUGUCAACAUCCGCACAAACGGGUAUAUAUAUAUGUAUGCAUAUAUACACUUUGGAAAUUUGGACAGUUACAUUUUCACUUGACCAUGCUUCACUGCAACUGGUCGCUGGUUCUUUUUAGUUUAAUCUAAGAUACUAUCUUUUGUGGGAAGUCCAGCACGUCAAAAUUAUACCGAACCCGGCUUUUUUCUUCGAGCGGAAAAACGAUAGCCAUCGACAGUUUUGUCACCCCUAAUGGAGGACAGACCCCUGUCAGCGGAUGUAUAUGGAAAGGAUGAUCACUAUGAGUCGUCAGUUCGCCUGGCAAAGUCCCCGCAACAGGAAUACGGAUCCACCUGCGUACUACAGAUAGCUCCCAUAAAUUCCUGGGAGGCACCUACUCGCAUGUCCUAAUGUUGAUCGCAACCCUAACACUGCUAAUGUUCCUGCGGCCACCACUCAAGCGCUAGGACUAAAAAAAUAGUAAAAAAACGCACUUCCAAAACGUUUUCGAUUUCAUUCCCAAACAUUUUCGGGAUGUGUGGUCUGAGAAGGAAAGAGAAAAAUAAAUUGUAUUCAGAUCCUAAAUUCCGAUGUUUGGACUCCGUCAAGUGGACCUCUUUGUUUAACAUUGCUGCAUGAAGCCAAGAGGUACGAAUAAUAGUCCACAAGAACACAUCCAAGGUCCAGUGUGACUUAAAUAUACCGUUAACUACACGACAGUGGUGUUCACUGAUUUCUCCCCGAUUUACAAGGCGGUACAGAUGAUUCAUUUUUGCCCUGAAACGUCGGUCCGGUGGCCGCGCAAAUGGUUACACAGCAACGAGCAAGUAGUGCUCGGACAGUGUUACCUGCACGAACAAACUGGCCUUGAAUGAUCACUUGUGGCCUAUUUUUCGUCGUCAGACGCUGAGCAUAGGGUGGGUAGACCCUGUGCUCUUUGGUGGAUAGGCCUAAAGCCAUGCGCUCUACCACCGAGUACUCAGUGACGAAGAAUGAGGUGGGGCUGACAGUGAAUACCCCAGUCAGCCACACCAGUCUUUACAGUCCUUGUCGGUACCAUUUCUCGGAAACGAAGCCUCUGCGUAGACAUCUAGCAGACAAAUUUUAAAGUUGACGCGGUUGUAGGGCCCUACGGUGUACAAAGGUCUGUCCUUCAAGCGAGGUGCAUUUGACAGCGACCUGAACGAGCUACUACAUAUGCGCGUUUGUAACAUAACUUGUUUUUGGUCUUUCGCAUCACAGUGGUGUCCGGUCAGAGUGUACUAGUUUCAGGCACUUCACUUGUCACCUUUCGUCCCGAUUUGCUGCUCCAGUAGUUAAGCAUGCAGGAUCCUGAGUCCCGAUGAAGUUACUUCAGAGUAGUGAAAUGAAAUCGGUGGAAAGUUAGCACUCGGAGAAUGCUUCUUCGAACUCGUGCUGUGAGGAGAUGGGAUACGAAGGGCUGAGGUUGGUGUAGGAGGGGGGAGGGGAGGGGGGGCAGAGGAUUUCCAUUACACCUGAAGACACGCCUGCACACACACACACACACACAUACACACACCCACACUGCACUUCGCCAGCAGCAAUCAGCGCUUCCUUCUGCGCGAGAACGAGUGUACCUACACACAAUUCUCCCACCAAACUACUGGGCUCUACGCGUCUCUGCUGCGCAAAACAGAGGACCUGCAGAACUCUAUCUCUCGUCCUCCCCCCCCCCCCAAGUUUGUGUGUGUGGUUGCAUGCGUGCGUGCUUUCAUGUAGACAAAAGCACGGGGUGUGUGAGCGAACCCCCGCCUCCUUUUGGAGGCGGCAAACUUUUACGUUGUUGCUAACAGGGGGGAGUCAGUCUCCCUGUCCGAGGUUGAACGGAUACCUCGGUAGGCACGACCAUUUAUCUCUAGCUAGGGGGCAGAAGGAGGGUUUCUUCCUACUACCUACUUCGGAUCGAAAACAUUGCUGACUUUGGAGCGUCGGAUCCAGGCCAAAGCCACUAUCAGAUGUGACUUGCCUCUAGCACGACGACACCUUAUAGCAGGCGUCGAUCGGGCGAAUUGUCUGGUCAACCGUUUCGUCCGUUCUCGUAUCCAAUCAUUUGGACCUGGCCUUGUUUCUGAAACAAGAGGCUAAUGGUGCGAUAGGGGGAGAGAGAGAGCAAACCCAAGCUGCGCAGCGAUUUUCACACUGUAAUAAAUUCUCGUACACUAGGUAAACAAUCAUUGGGCCCUUUAAGCGUUGAUUCCAAGGGAUGCCAAGUGGCGGGAUACCGUCUCCUUGAGAGCGCUGAUUGUGAUGUGGUGAUACUUUCCCAUUGAACUUUCCCUGUGGGUAUAAUUACUCGAGUGUGUUGGGUUGAGUUAAGAGUGUGCGAUCACAAGCGGCAAGUCAGUCGCUUUUUCAGUUGCCCGAUCGUCUCCUAAGCAAAACGGUCUUGGAAGGAGGGAUUGAGUUUGAUGCUGUGCGAGUCAUCCAUGUUUCAGCUGGUUCCGGCGCGUCAAAGGAACCCUCAGUUUGUGUGGAUUUCUACACUCUCUUCUAACCUCAAUUUUCCCUUCCCUUAUCCUCUUUUCCACUCCUCUCUUUCUAUUGGCAAGGGCGUUUGAUCGGCAUGUCCUUAUUUCUUCCUUGUCUUAUACUUCCCGUUGUCAACAUCAAGACGAUUAAGGCGCCUCCCAACACCAUCGUCGCAUCAGCACUACCAUGACAACCUCCACGACCACAACACCAAUCACCACCAGUAACGGCUUUGCCACCAACACCCCCACAACAGUCGCCAUCGCCGCCAUCAAUACAUUACUCGUUUCCAUAAUUCGUAGUCUUCCGGAUUAUCUCAUCUUCACGUUCCUCGUCCCGAUCCAUAUUGCCUACCAGUUCCUCCUAUUCCACGUCGGUCGCCACUUUUUCUUCGAUCCGUAGCUCAUCCGCAGCCAAGAUACCAAUCCGCACCUGUUUUCAUAGUAACAAGAAAGUAGAAGAGGCAGUCUUCUGGGCGACCCUCCACAGAGUCUACUUUUAUUACCAGCAGGUCUGUUUGUUUGUUAUUUAUGAGCAGGUGAGUCUGCUGUUGUGCCUGCAGGACAACUUACGUGGGAGUACACGCGCACACGCACAAAACGGCCUGGUGUAUUGCACCGUCCUCUGUCUCUCCUCAAAUUCGUUCGCUCUCUCUAUCUCUCGCUGUCGCCCUAAUGGAGGAUUUUCUCAGGCCACUGCCGCCGACGCCUUGGCCACCGCCGGCAUGCUCUGUGCUUGAUCACACACACACGCGCGUACGGAAGAAAACCACAGAAAAGCGAGACAAAUCGGUUGUUUCGCCUUCUUUCUGGUUUUGCAUCAGUUUGCUUGCACUCCCGCGUGAGAAAGUGGGGGGGAGGGAGAGUUCUGUCGUCAGUGAGCUUUGGUUCGCAAGAACUGAGCAGAAAAGACUACUUCGGUGGCGUUUUAAUGCUGAUUAGCAUGCUGCAUAAUCCCACGAUGUUUUGGAUGCCGGCGUUUCAAUACGUGUUCUUACGGCCGCCUGUGGAAAUCACAAUCGAUAAAAUUGACAACUUGAGUCGAAUGCACUUUAGCCAGUGAUUUUAGGCAUCCUUAUAAGCCCAAGCAUUUCGCAAAAAUAUCCCUUCCUGUGGCCAUUUAACCAGCUAUUCGGUAAACUGCUAGGGGCGUUUUGGCUUAUAAACUGCCAUAGAUAAUUUUCUGUUAUGAACGUUGAAUUUCCUAAUUCACUUUGCUGACUUGUGUACAAAUGGAUGGCAAAGACCUCAUAUGCGUUUAUUUAGGUUCGAUCAUCUGGUACUAUUAGUAUCAGGUUUUACGCGCACCGAUUCAGUUAUUUAAGGCCUCUCUCAAAUCGGAACAGUUAUCCACUAAAAAUUUGGUUACAAAUUGCGGCAUAUCUCAUUGGUCAGAUGCAAAUGUUCUCGGCUGGAACAUAAAGGUGCUAUAUUGUGCAGCAUUUAGAGCUUGUAAUGUCUGUCUUCAUUUAUUCUUUCAUCUCGUCCUCCUUGUAGGCUGGACUCCUUGUUGAAACUGCUCUACAGUCAUCCACUGCAGCUGACGAAAUAUGUCCGACAAAUUUCAAUCCCACUUUCCAAGCUCACUGACGCUGAGAUAUCAACACCGCGGUUUCCCAAGCCCUCCCUCGCUGGUGACGCCUCUCAUGUAAGUUCCAUCUCCCUUCCUCCCUCCCAUACGAUCGAAUUGUCAUGACUUUUUUAAAGAAUUUGUGGUUAACGGAGGAAGCAGGGCCUUUCAACACCCGGUCGUAAAUUAUCAGUUCAAUGGUAGGGGACGCUCACCGAUCGUUCAUACGGAAUUCACUUGUUCCGUUGUGCCUUACGGGCUCUCUCUCUCGAACCCAACCAUCAGCCGCACAGCGGCGCAUGAUAUAGGCAGAAUAGAAUUACCUACACAAACAAGGGAGACUGGGAUGGCCAUUUCUGGCUUAUUAGCCGUCGUCAGCCUGCCAUACCCAAUCCCGAGGUGUGAAACAGACGAGGCUCGAACUCGCGACUUGUUGGUUAGAAGUCCGUGCCUUUACCCACUGGACGUAUGGUUGAGUAUGACUGGCUGACGACGACUAAUAAGCCAGAACUGACCAUGCCAGUCUCCCUUGUCUUUGUCGGUAAUAACAUGCUGCCUGUUAUCAGUUCAGUUGGCCUGUUUUAAAACAAGGGGCGUAACCGUAGCACUACUGAUACUAGCCAUAAUAAUCAGACGCCUGAGACCCCGUAAGGCCUUAAUUUGCCACUGUUUCCGACCGAAGUCAUACUUACAGUCCAAACUUCUACUUGGGUUACGGUGGGAAGCUUAGAAUUGCCUGUUUGUUUUAUAAGAGGCGCGAUAAGUGUCAGGCUUUGAAAGUCCGAACUUCCAUGUGACGAGCAGGCAAGUAUCCGACAGGACGGACCCGACCAAGCCACGAUGGCAGAUGCGUGGCCAGAAUGAAUGGGGGUAGACUGAGACAGCACUGUUUCGUUGCUAUCCUGCCUUUACUCAACCCAGUCACUAUCUGGGAUAAGAAACACAGACAUCCGCCCCUAUAUGGUCCACAGACGGUCUAGGAGGUUUAUCAGUGCUUUGCCAGCUGGCAGGCUCUUCCGCAUACAGAAGUCGGCACACGCCGAUUCCUGGCCUCCGGAAGCAAGAGAGCUCCGAAUGCGUGACGAAGACUACGAACCGACAGCUACCCGUCGGGCCGAACUCUGCCGAGUUAGACUAGCAAAGGAGGUUGCAAGUGAUGGGGUUACGCCGAAAAGCAUGUAUAUAUGUAUAUUACUAUUUGCUGUGCGACCGUCAACAAGGGCUCUACACUAAGUUUCAAGGCACAACGGGACGAGCAUAUACCGUAGCCUGAUUUGCGAACCCCUUUCCACUAUAAUUAGUAUCCCCGAUCACAACCGACAGGACAGUGGAUCCGAAAAGCAACUGCACACCGUUGGACCUAGCAUUCAAUGACCGAAAAAUCCAGGUUCGAAUCCAACGGUGGGGUUGGGUAGGGCCGUCUAAUGACGAUUAACAAACCGGCAGUGGCCAUCUCAGUCCCCCUUGUCUUUAUUGAUACUCCCUCCCACAUAUACAUAUAGAUAGGUCGUUCAUCCGUCCGGUUGCGAGGCAUGCACGUCAUGUUGAGUCUUGGAGCUCAAUUUAAUGCCCUCACGGGCGGUAGUGCUGCGACUAAUCUUUGUGCAGAGAAUGAAUACUUAAAAAGACAAGAGGGGGGGCUGGGAGCGGAAUUUCUGACCCAUUAGCUGAUGUCAGCUGGACGAGCUGGGAUUCGAAUCCCGACUCUAUGACCACUGAGUAUUCUGUCCUCUUCGCGCAGAGACGCCUCCCGAAAUGAAACGGGGGGGAGGGGAUGGGAAGGAAUGCGGAUAGGCAGUAACGCAAAGUUCGCACGAACAGCUCGAAAAACAGCAGAUGCACGAAAGUCAUUUUACUCAUUCCAUUACACUCCCAGGUUUACGUGAAUAUCGGGACAGUAUUGCGGUGUUGGAGGAGGGCGGGGGAUGACAUGACCUCGGAGCAGUGGGAGUGUGAGCGCACAGAAGGCUUCACAUGCGCCCCAGGCGUUAACGUGCGCGCCCGCGGGAUAAAACAUCAAAGGCGCUGUGCAGACGCGCGUUGAAGAACUAAAUAGUCGCGCAGUCACAACGCUCUGGGAGGCGCCGAUCAAACGCGCAGGUAGAUAUGCACUGCCCCCAGUGGACCGGACGGACAAAGAAAAGGGCCCAUUUUUAUAACGUGACUGGAUGCAAAUUUUUCCACAGAAAACCCUCGACUUUGAUGCCGCCGACAAUGCAAACUCUGUGAUCAUUCGAAUGCGCCCCUACGUCCUCGGAUGACUGCCCCCUGAGACUCCGGGUCCUUUUAGGCUUUCCUGCACAGCAGAGUUAGCUUUUGGCCUGUGUGUCUGUCUGUGCGUGGCAAAGGGUGCGUUAGUAUAUCAGAAGUUGUGUUUAUAUGUGCAUACACAUUACGAGUUUGCAUGUGCAGAAGGUACGCAUUUUCGAGGUGGAAAUGUCUUUGCGGGAUAAGGCCGACGGCGGACGUGUAAGGAGAAUAACUUUAAAAUGCAUGUUGAGCAUAAGAAGAGGGCAUGGUUGACGCCGAAGUUAGCAAAACUUUGACUAUUUCGAAGCAUGGUGACGGCAUUCACCGUUUUGCUAUUGUGUUUUGACCUCACAUCCACUGGCUCGAGGAUAGAGAGCUAAACCUCACACCAAUAAACAAAGAGUACGGGCUGGAAUUCUGGGGUUGAGUAUGUCUGUCUAUCAACGGCUAAUAGGCCCUAAAUCGUCAUUCCAAUCCUUCUUAUCCUGGUGGACACCCUAUCCUUAGCUAGCUGCUCAUAUAUAUAUAUGUGUGUGUAAAUCAGAGAUGGUAUGCAUUCCGAGUUGAUAUGAUGAAAAAUAGAAGAGGUUCUUCUAUUUUUUAUAAUCACAACCCCAUUUUAAAAACAGAAAACCGUAAGAAUUCUUCCAAAUAACCUUAGAGCCCCCGUUGUACAGAUUCUUACCACCACCAUCCUCUCCUCCUCACCGCCCUCGAUUUUUAGAACCUGCCCAUCUUCAACCAACUCUGGGCCGCACAGAAACUUCGCUCCCUACUGUCUACUUACCGCGACUUGUUGUCUCCGCGGCAAUGGAAAGAAUUUUUGCACAAAACCCCCAGCGACGGAUACUACGACUCCGAAUCGCCCAGUACUGAGCCCGAGGUGAACCUGGAGCUCCUAGAGGCUGCGGUGACCAGUGUGCGAGCUGCAGUUGCGGAGUGUCGCUACCAGUUCCGCAACGAGCGUUGGAACUGCAGCCAGGCUGCUGAGACGGACAACAACGCUCUCUUUGGAAACGUGCUAAUGAAAGGUGUGUGUGCGUUUUUACCUGCGUCCUCCCACCGGGUCCAGGUGGUGAAUGGGAAGAGAGAGAGAGUGCAGUAGAUGCUGCGCAAGUCUGCUAUCACUUUAAACUAAUUCACGCGCAAGCCACCGUGUCUGCAGCAUCUUGUUGUGGAGCACACGGCGGAUGUCGUUGAACCCGACGGUUGAACUGUCAUGUGUGUGUAUGCAUGUGUGCACAAUGGCCCCCCAAACGGGCCACAUGGUAGAUGCUCUGGACCAAUACGGGGGCCAUAUCGGAUUCUGGCAGGCGUUAUCAGAAUGCGCAUCAUAACAAAUGCCAUUAUCUCGGGGUGCGGUUGCAGAUCCAGUUGCCGGCAGACAUCGCGCACACUAGGACCCCUGCGGCCCUCCCCAUUGUUGUUGUUUUGCUAAACUCCUGGUCAGUUGCUGUGUGAACCAGGGGACAGGGAGUGGAGCGCCAACUUGCGGGCUCGACCAUGCCACCCACUUGCGCCCUCCCCCGCCUCCAGUCUUCUCGACUCUGUCAUAACACCGGACCAAGUUGGGGAAGGAGGAGAGAGUGCGGUAAAUGCUGCGCAAGCCUCCUAUCACUAUAAACUAGUUCACGCGCAAGUCACCGUCCCUGCUUCACCCUGCUGUGGAGCACACGACGGACAUCGUCAGAUGCGACGGUCGAACUGUCGUGUAUGUGUGCACACGUGUUUAUGGUCCCUUGUGCCACUAAAGGGGCCGAUGGAAAGAAGCCAGUAAAUCAGAUACAGUCGUCCGACUGUCCCAUAUUUUUUACCAAAAAACAUUAUAAUGUAUGAAAUACUGCAGUUCUGAAGUGUCAGAGAAUUCACGGGUAUUACAAUACUGGAGUUUUUAAUCAUACACUUCAAAAUCCUCCAAAUUCCAAGCUUUGAAUGGUUCAUACAUUUCUUUUUUUGCACAGACUUUUUGAGACGGUGUCACAUGCGACGACUUCUGGCAAUUAUUUCUACAAAUGAUUUACAGCUCACUUGCCUGUCUCGAAAGAUAAUUUGUGUCUGGAAAAGUCUCUGCUGAUAGGCUAGUCUCAUUUUAUACUUGGCGGCUAGUGUUCGAAAACAGCCUAGGGUGGAACUCCUCUCUGGUUGUUUUUUUCUUCGCUAUUAAGAGUACAUUUAGACAUUCUGGCGGACAUUCCUUUGCGUCCAACGCCUAUGCAGUUUUCCCGUGUGCAUAAAGUGCAAACAGACAUGUUUUUAAACACUGUCCUUUUUUGUCCUCCACAUUGCGCAGGCAUUCCGGAGACGGCUUUUGUCUACUCCCUCAUCAGUGCAGGUCUCGUGAGAGGUGUAGCAGAGGCCUGUUUGAACAAUAUUCGCAACUGUCCCUGCAAUAACCGUGGUCGGAAGGAGACCGAAGCUGGUUGGCAGUGGGAGGGUUGUGACCACAAUAUUCACUACGGUCGUCGAUUCACUCGCAACCUGCUAGACCAAAUGGAGAACGGUUUCCACAUUCGUUUCCUCAUGAAUCUGCACAACUAUCGAGUUGGACGUCGGGUAAGUGACUGUCCUUUCGGAUUUCCGGCCUUUUCGGUCUUGCGCAUGCGGCAGAACCGACCCGGAAUGCGGUCAUUCAUUACAAAGCAUCAGUGACUCGAAAUCUGAGCCAAACAGAUCAUCCAAAGCGCCAAGUUGCGACAAAAUCACUUUAAGUAAAGGGGAAGCGCAAAUAAUGCUGAAAGUAAUGUUAACUUGCAUAAAAAUAAUGUUUUUCGAGAUUAGUGGAAAGACCAAACAUGGAAAUUAAUGUUCAACACAUUAAUUUAAAUGUUCAGUGCAUCGCCACGCAAACAAGUGAAUGAAUGGAAUAGAAUCUGCAUGUAAAAUUUAAAAAACCGUUUUACACAAUGUUCAGGUUGAAAAUCUUAUGAGCACUAACUGACUUUUUGAUACUUGCCAAAAUUUCAAAAAUUUACACACAGACUUGUGCGUAAAAGCGUUUACUUUAGGAAUACUUGAGAUGCGGUUUACCAGGGCGAAGAUGACUUUGUUGGAUUUUGCGGUUAAUUAGCGGGUCCGGGCUCAAAUCCUAGGUCUGUCUGACGGGGAGUGGAGGUAUUACUGGUCGACUCUGUCAAGCAGAGGAGAAAUGCCGUUCCAAUGUACCCGGUCUUUAUCGAAAAUAAUUUCCGAUUAUUAGUCGUCAUUUGUUAGGCGUCCGCCUGCUUAGACUCCAUGCCGAAAGUUCCAGGGCGAAACGAAAGUGUCAUUUCUGUUCUCCAGUUGGGAGGUAUCACUGAACGCCAUUCUCACUUGACGUUAUAUCGACUCAUAUUAGUAGCCAUAUAACAAUAUAGGCAUGUAUGUUUAUAAAUUAUUAUAUAUAGAUGACUCUCACCACCGUUUCGCUCUCAAGCCCAAAAAGGGACUGUCUGUAUCUGGAAAAGGGUGGAUGAAGACAUCCGUUACACAGUCAGAACAGAUCGUUCUGACGCCUUAGUCCGCCUGACCUGAGAAUCGCGGAAAAAUGACUUUCAGUUGUCAGAACAACUUGCAGAAUAGGACUUACUCAACGCAUUUGUACUGGGGACUCCCUUGGAUCGAACUUCAUGAAUAAUUACGAGCUUGACUGAGCACCCAGUUAUGAUUUUGUUCUCGUCGUCAAGUUCAGCAAUAAGCCGAAUACAUAUGAUGCCAAUCAUGUCAGCAUCCACGCAUAUGCAUCAAAUUUCGACCUACGCCUGUAGACCUUAGUUCAAACUGAUCUACUAAAAGCUGCCAGUUAAUUUCUGAGGAAAUUAAAGCACAAUAACAGUAUACCUAAACAGGACCAUGUUCUUUAUUUCCUUGACUCCCAUAUAGGUUGUUUCGCAGAAUAUGCAGAGGUACUGUCGUUGCCACGGGACCAGCGGAUCAUGUACCAUGAAGACCUGCUACAGACAGACGCCAACAAUGCGAACCAUUGGCAACAAACUCAAGCUGAUGUACCAGGAGGCCUCGCAGGUCAUUCGAGGUGAGUAUAGGUGUCCUCCCCGUGUGUCUGUGUGACAGAAACUGACGGAUGCAAGGUUGCGCAGCCGAAAGAAGGUUGUCGGAACGUUUUUGUGGUUUAAGGCUCCUGAGGAAGUCAGUUUUGCGGAAGUAAAUGAUGGAGAAAUGGCUCCAAGACCAGCCUCCUAAGAGUCAAUAGCAGCUGACAGAUUAAAACGGCUCGAACGAAGUAUCUGCCGGUCGAAAUUGCGAGUACAAUCUGGUAGUUUAUGCUGUCUCGCUGUAUCAACAGUCGCAAAGCAAAAUGUAAAUGCUCGCUGGUAAAAAUACGGCUAAAAUAGCCGUGUUAGGGCUUUCUUGGUGGCAUUCAUUCGUCUGCCUAAUUAAACAAGGUACCGAUCCUGAGUUUGCAUGGUUUGAGCUGAUGGAAGCGAAGUAAUUGGAAGUUUUAGUCUACGCUUCAAUCUAGAAUUCCGUAUCUCAUGCACACAUACGCUUACGUUGGACAAAAUGACUGGUUAGGACAACGAGGGGAAGAAAGAGCGAUAAAAGACCCUCGCAGAUCUCCGCUUCUCUAUUUCCGAACUGUCCAUACGAGAGACCGGUACAUGCUUUGGGGAUUAGGUCGUGUGUGGCAAGCGUAAACGGACUGUUUAGCUGUGCCAACCACUACGAUUGCACCCGCCUCUGAUCGACUUUAAAUUGUUCUGCCAUCGAAAAAAGAUGGGUGAGGAGGAGAGAGUACGGUAGAUGGAACGAAAAUGUGCCUCGUUGUAUACUAUUACCGACAAAGACAAGGGAGACUGGAAUGACCAUUCCUGGCUUAUUGGCUGUCGUCAGCCAGUCAUACCCAACCCCGAAGUGUGGAACACCUGGGGCUCGAACUCGCGACCUGUUAGUUAGAAGAGAGAGCCCGUAAGGCACAACGGAACGAGUGAGUUCCGUAAGAACGAUUGGUGAGCGCCCCCUAGCAUUUCAUAUUCCUGAUCGAAACCGGCAGGACAACGGGCCCGUGGCUCAGUGGUUAGAGGCGUUGGACUGAUAGCUAACAGGUCGCCAGUUCGAGCCUCGGGUGUUCCACACUUCGGGGUUAGGUAUGACUGGCUGACGACGGCUAAUAAGCCAGAAAUGGCCAUUCCAGUCUCCCUUGUCUUUGUCGGUAAUAACAUACUGCAUAUAUCAUGCGCCGCUGUGCGGCUGCUGGUUGGACUCGAGAGAGAGCCCGUAAGGCACAACGGGACGAUUGAGUUCCGUAAGAAUGAUCGGCGGGCGUCCCCCUUUACCAUGUGACUCGUUAUUCACGCGCAAGUCAGCGGUGCUGCGUCUACUUCGUGAAACACACCGCGGACGUUGUCGUUUGUGGAGGACGAACCGUCCCUCCAUUAUGAGGCAGGAAUUUUUAGCCAAACCGACAUGCCGACAUGGCCAACAUUUUGCAUGCCUGAACCAGGAUAUCGCCCGCCAAGUUGAGAGGAAGUCAGUAGUACGGCGUUUACUUCGGAGUUUACCGACAAAGAAGCUCGUGUGAGCCUUAUCCACCCCAACUUUUACUAUGGCUAGCUGGUGGCGACAGGAAGACUAGAAAUUGCCGUUUUGGCCUCCCUCCCGUCUAAUGGUUGCUCGGCAUUACGCGAGCGUCAGCGAUGUCUCUCAGUUGGAGUCUCCUGAUAGUAACUGAAAGUGCUUAUUAUGUCCAGACGUCAGGACGUCCUAGUGGAUGCCGUAUGCGCACGACAUCAAGAAAGACCAUUUUAUGACCUAGACAACAACCUGAGCGAUGGCAACAGGAUAUUCUCCUGAUCCGAACGAUCAUGCCGGCUCGCAUACGAAGGGUUUGUUAGACACCCUUGCCUAGGACGGCCAAUUUUGAGAGCGUUUCCUACCAAGAGUCCAAAGUCUCGUCUCUAAAAUAUUACUCAGCAAAUACAGAAUCCGGAAGCGUGGUCGUUAACUGACAACCUAUCGGUGUCAGGGUUGGUUGUGAAACCUCUUGAAUAAAACUCGAUUGGCGUGGUAGUGCUUAAUAUAGGCGAGAAAUAACUAACUGGUAAUUGAAUCUUUAACACUUCCUUCUAGACAACACCAUUCCGGAUAGCUGGGGUCAGAAUUCCCGGCAGCCUGACACUGGAACAGUGAUACAGCUGAACCGGUGGAACCCACGGAGACUGCGAGAGGUCGGCCCGAACUCCCCGCUCUACUGGAACCCACAGCCACAUCGACAGCGUUAUCCACAACCAUCACUCAUCAAAGUCAAACACACCUCUUCGUCCUCCUCGUCACAUGUUUUCCCCCGUAGUCCCCGAGAUCUCCGGCCCACUACGCAGGAGUUGGUCUAUUUCGAGCGUCCACCCGAAGACCUCUUCUGCAACGCCGAUCCGCACCUCCAUCUGACUGGAACACUUGACCGGGAAUGCAACUCCAGCGUCGCAGGACCGCAGAACUGCCGCUCGCUCUGUUGUGGUCGCGGAUUCCGUACCCAACACUACUACAGUCUGGAAAACUGUGAUUGCAAGUUUGUCUGGUGUUGCAGAGUGGAAUGUCGCAAGUGUCUGGUUCUGAAGAAGGUGGAGACGUGUCUUUGA